CUUUUCCUCUCCUUAAAAGGAACAGUUGCAAAGCACUGAGAGUCAUCUGAUGUGUACUACUACAAGUUUCCAGAGGAUGGUCUGUUCUGGGUUUCUGCUGCUCAGUGAUAUUAGCCCUGUUUAUCAGCAGGCAACACAACUGUCAUGUUUUGCUCAGCCAUGUAUCAUUUCCUUUAAUGCAGUGAAACAUUUCACACAGUGAACAUUGUAAUUCAGUGGGACUGGCUUUUGACCUCUUGCAUUUUCCUGGCAAGUUCUGAAAUAUUACAUCUCAGGUAUUAGAAAAUAAAUAUAAAAAAUACUGUGCUGCUUAAUGGCAGGAAAGGAAAAGAGAGAAAGAGAGGAAAAGAAAGUGAGCACCUGUGCAAGUUAGCCACAAGCUAAUUCAGAUUUUUUAGGUCAGCUGAAAUAGAUGGAUUCCUGUUCAUUGCUGAAGGAACAUUUAUCACCAACAGUGCAGUGUUCUGUUUUAAAAAGUACUUUUUUAUUAUGCAUCCUGUCCCUUUCUUCCAUGCAGCUAGACACUGACAGUGAACUACAGGUUUGCCUGGCAAUAUAGGAGGCUGCUGGUCAAAAGGUGUUACUAUUUUUAUUAUGGACAUUGUUUUGCACAACUCAUAUGAUGGUAAAUUUUGAAUUGUGGCAGAAACACAUGUAAUAAAUUAAGAUUCUUCAUUUUUUGCUAUAAUCCAUAUAUAUAUAUAUAUAUAUUUCUGUGGGUGUAUAUAUAUAUAGUAUAUAAAAUAGUGUAAUGCAAAUGCGCCAUGCAGCAGUAUUCCUGAAUUACAGUUUGUUGCAUAGAGAACUGGAAUCAAUUGGAAGGAGGUGCAUGAGACAAUUUUCUAAGCCCCUCAGUAAUGUACCUGUGCUCCUGUACUCAGGCACUUUGGAAUGCUCUGCUGAGCAGCCUGAGGAGUUGGCUACACCCCUUGCUGGCUGAGUGACAGUCCCACCAGUAUAAAAAGGCCCCUUGGGCAGACUGUGCUGGGCGUAGCUGAUAGAGAAGCAGAAAGAGGGCUUGUUUCGGGGACUGUAACUAGAAAUCCUGUGUUAGGUCAUAGCCACCAACGGGUCUAAGCUACACAAAAUGCGUGAAAUUGUGCAUCUUCAGAUUGGCCAGUGUGGGAACCAAAUUGGCUCUAAGUUCUGGGAGGUGAUAAGUGAUGAACAUGGGAUUGACAUCGCUGGAAACUACUGUGGGGGUGCAUCAUUGCAGCUUGAGCGAAUUAAUGUGUACUUCAACGAGGCUUACUCCCAUAAAUAUGUGCCCCGUUCUAUCUUGGUGGACCUGGAACCUGGGACGAUGGACAGCGUACGAUCCAGCAAAAUAGGCCCUCUCUUCCGACCUGACAAUUUUAUUCAUGGUAAUUCAGGUGCUGGAAACAACUGGGCUAAGGGUCAUUACACAGAAGGUGCUGAACUGAUUGAAAAUGUUAUGGAUGUGGUCAGGAAUGAGUGUGAGAGCUGUGACUGCCUUCAGGGAUUCCAGCUCAUCCAUUCGCUGGGUGGUGGCACAGGCUCAGGCAUGGGCACUCUCCUCAUCAACAAAAUCAGAGAAGAAUAUCCCGACAGGAUUAUGAACACUUUCAGCGUUGUGCCUUCACCCAAAGUAUCUGACACAGUCGUAGAGCCAUAUAAUGCCAUCCUCUCCAUCCAUCAGCUAAUAGAGAACACAGAUGAAACCUUUUGCAUUGACAAUGAAGCUCUAUAUGACAUAUGCUUCAGAACUUUAAAGCUCACCAAUCCCACAUAUGGUGACCUCAACCACUUAGUGUCCCUAACAAUGAGCGGUGUCACAACCUCACUCCGUUUUCCUGGUCAGCUGAAUGCAGACCUGAGGAAGCUGGCCGUUAACAUGGUACCCUUUCCUCGCCUGCAUUUCUUUAUGCCAGGCUUUGCUCCACUGACAGCUCGAGGCAGUCAACAGUACAGAGCCCUCUCAGUGCCAGAGCUUACUCAGCAGAUGUUCGAUGCACGCAACAUGAUGGCAGCAUGUGACCCUCGUCGUGGACGGUACUUGACUGUGGCAUGCAUCUUCAGAGGCCGAAUGUCUACUAGAGAAGUGGAUGAGCAGUUGCUGUCUGUCCAGACCAAGAAUAGUUCCUACUUUGUGGAGUGGAUCCCUAAUAAUGUCAAAGUGGCUGUGUGUGACAUACCACCACGAGGGCUGAAGAUGGCAGCUACCUUCAUUGGCAAUAACACAGCCAUUCAGGAGCUCUUCAUCAGGGUUUCUGAGCAGUUCUCAGCUAUGUUCAGAAGGAAAGCAUUUCUCCACUGGUAUACUGGUGAAGGAAUGGAUGAGAUGGAAUUCUCUGAAGCAGAAGGUAACACAAAUGACCUUGUGUCUGAGUACCAACAGUACCAGGAUGCAACAGCAGAUGUUGAGGAAUAUGAAGAGGUAGAAGCAGAAGCCAGCCCAGAAAAGGAAGCCGCAUAAAAACAAUAGUAAUAAAGAAACAUUUUCUGAAUAAGCCUGUUGACACUCACUAAAGAAAAAGCAGUAGCUGUCAUCCACAUACCAAAACCAGCACCUUUCUUAAGUUUUUUCCUAUGCAUCUGGCCAACAUGUAUGCACUACCACAGUACAGUGCUUUUGAAAUGAAUGGCAGCCAUCCUUUACUCUCCUGAAAAACUGUUGACACUGAACCUCUCCAAAACAGAGCCACCAUGAAGACAAGCUGGCUCAUAAGCCUUUCUUAUAAAUGUACUCUAAAGCUUUUAGAGUAUUAUCAUCAGAGAAUGAAUGUAAUAUACAGCCUCUCUGCCUCUGUAUAUAGACCAGGAACAUAAGCCACAGCUAAACAUGCAAUCAUCAGCUCAUCAAUUUAUUUAUUCUCAGGUAAAGAGUCUGUGUUUCAUUUGUGAACUUGCCACUGGUUUAGGACACAUGGACUUCUGUAAGGCUUGUAAAGGCAGUGUUGAUUUCAUUUUAUUACACACUCCACAGGCCAAUGCAGACCUGCAGACAUGUUUAGUGCCUUAUGUUGCAGAGCAGGGAACAAUGGUAGGGCAAAAGACUGAAUAUGCACAUUUUUAAUACUUUUUAAAGUGUACUAGUAGUUGUAUCACAUUGCUGGCUUAUAUUAUUGCAGUGCUUGUAUUCAUUAUCAUCGUGUGGCUUGUUUUGACUUCAAACUAUAGAUUGAUUUAUGUUAGCAUACAAAGUUGUGAACAUUGUGCAUAAGUUUUAGUGUGGCUUUUUUCCCACCAUGUACUAACCACUGUAAAUUUUCCUGUCAUUCAGUACAGUAAAAUGGAUAGAAUGGUUUGCAGCUAGUUAGAUAAUUUCAACAGCAAUCACUAAAUCACAAACAUACCUUGACUUCAGGGAAGAUAAGUUUUUUUGCCAUUCAGAGUCAUCUAUUUCACACUGUAUUUAUAAUACUCUUUAAAUAAAAACUAUAUACCAAACUAUAAA